AUGGGUUUUCGGUUGUUCAUGCUUUUGGUUGUUAUGUUUCCGUUGUGUUUUUGUGUUGAUGCUGCUUGCUCUAAUAGAAACUGCAAGCUAAAUGAUAAGUGCUCGUCUAAUGGUGCUUGUGGAGCUGGGCUCUAUUGUUUCUCAUGCCCAUUUGGGUCUUUAGGCUCCAGGUGUGUGAGAUCUUCCAUCACAGAUCAAUUCAAGCUCAUAAAUAACUCUCUACCGUUCAACAAAUAUGCAUUUUUGACAACGCACAACUCAUUUGCCAUUGAUGGAGAACCAUCACACACAGGAGUGCGUCGAGUUACCAUCACUAACCAAGAAGACAGUGUAACCCAGCAGCUAAAAAAUGGAGUUAGAGGACUAAUGCUAGAUACAUACGAUUUUGAUGGAGAGGUGUGGUUGUGUCAUUCAUUUCAGGGCCAGUGCUAUGACUUCACAGCUUUUGAACCGGCUAUAGAUGCACUGAAGGAAAUUGAAGCUUUUCUAUCAGCCAACCCAGCAGAAAUUGUCACACUCAUAUUAGAAGACUAUGUCAAAACACCAAAAGGAUUGACAAAAGUCUUCACGGAGGCUGGUUUGAUGAAGUUUUGGUUUCCUGUGACUAGAAUGCCAAAGGGAGGAGGAGACUGGCCUCUGGUGAGUGACAUGGUUGCUAAAAAUCAAAGAUUGCUAGUGUUCACAUCUGUCAGGUCCAAAGAACAAAGUGAAGGCAUUGCAUACCAGUGGAAUUACAUGGUUGAAAAUCAGUAUGGGGACGGUGGAAGGAGAGCAGGAAGCUGUCCACAUAGAGCAGAAUCAUCUCCUCUUGAUGACAAGAGCAAGUCAUUGGUGCUGGUAAACUAUUUUCGCUCUGCUCCACUUAAGUCAAUCACAUGUAAAGACAACUCUGAAGGUCUCAUUAACAUGCUACAAACCUGUCAUGGUGGUGCUGGCAACAGAUGGGCUAAUUAUGUUGCUGUUGACUAUUACAAGAGAAGUGAAGGAGGAGGAUCCUUUAAAGCUCUGGACACUCUCAAUGGGAAGUUAUUGUGCGGUUGUAAUGAUGUUCAUGCCUGUGUGGCUGGAUCUACUUCACAAGCUUGCUGA